CAUAUAUCACGCCCGUGAUCCUAUAAGCUUGCCCGUGAUCUCGACCCAAAACGCGUCGGUUCAUUUAUCGUCUUCACGGGCGGAUGGAAAUUAUCACAUUCUUGUGCCGUGACAAUUGACCUUCCCGCGAAUCGUGAAAAGCCUCAUGGAAGUUGCCCAUCUUUACGGUCUGGCCUCCAUCUUCACGUUCUCCCGCCCAUGAUGUUUGCGCCUUGACCGUGAUCUCUGCGUUUUUGUCAAUUUCACUCCAUUCUCGCUCUCUUCCAUUCGAAUUUCGCUCCGGGGGUCAAUUUCAUCCGCUAAGACGUGAAACAUGCUAAAACAUGUACAAAACUAGUGUAAAAUCGAACCUCGAUCGAUGUAAAUACCUAAAACAUCACAAGAAUAUGAGAUAAAAACAUGUGUAAUUAUGCUUGAAUCAUAGCUACUAGUUUUUAGAAAAAACCACGAUUGAGGAUUUUUAAAAUUUAUAAUCUUAAAUUCCGAAUACUUUUCAAUCAAAUUAUUCUUUUAAAAUCUGGGAUGGCGAGGGAUUGUAUCCUGCCCCAAUCCCUAAUCAAAAUGAUCCCACUUAGUGCAGGCGGCAUUUGCAACGUCAGACGUUUCUCAGUCGUUGAUAUCUCCCCGUAGAAUCCAACGGUUGAUGAUAAACCCUAACUACGCCGUGCCACUUCUCCCCUCUCCUAUUCUUUUAAAAGCUGCGCGUUUCUCUCAGUUGAGUCCCCUCUCUCGCAGCUGCACACAGCACAUCCGCACCACAAAUCGCUCUUUAGUUCGUCACCGCCGGCCACAGAAGGAGAGGCUCUUCUUCUGCGUUACUGCAGUAAGUUUCGGAUCUUCAGGUUCCUUUUCCGUCCGUAUUACAGAUCUAUUCUAGACGUUGCUUUCCCGUGCGAUAUAGUAUCAAUUUCACUGAUGCUUGGCUGUAGCCGUUGUGUGCAUGUGUUUCCAAUCGUAUAGUUUGCGGUUAGCUAAAGUAAAGGCGUUUUUCUUAUCUUCGUUCCGUUUCGUAUCUAGCUAUGUCCUUCUGCUCCACGAAUCUGAUUUUUAGUAAUUGAAACAAUCAAGCAAUCUUCAAUUCUGUCAUGGAGAAGUCUGUAUGUAAAUCCGGUCGGGUCAAUAUCACAGGAACGGCUUCCUGUUGCAAUAUUGUCUAUUCUGGCGGUGUCAUGGGCUGGAUAGAGUUUCAUGAUUGAAUUUUUGGUAUACAUCAUUCUGAUGGCGGUCUGAUGAAGCAUCUGUUUCUGUUUUCAUAUAAUCUGGUGGUUAUAUGAGAUGUAGAUUGACUUUAUUUUUUCAUGAAUUGCAGUUUUUUUAUCCUCGUUAGAUAAAAAUGGGUAAGGAAAAGGUUCAUAUCAAUAUUGUGGUCAUUGGCCAUGUUGACUCUGGGAAGUCAACCACAACUGGACACUUGAUCUACAAGCUUGGAGGCAUUGACAAGCGUGUGAUUGAGAGGUUUGAGAAGGAAGCUGCUGAGAUGAACAAGAGGUCAUUCAAGUACGCCUGGGUGCUUGACAAGCUCAAGGCUGAGCGUGAGCGUGGUAUUACCAUUGACAUUGCCCUGUGGAAGUUUGAGACCACCAAGUAUUACUGCACAGUCAUCGAUGCCCCUGGGCAUCGUGAUUUCAUCAAGAACAUGAUUACUGGUACAUCCCAGGCUGAUUGUGCUGUCCUCAUCAUCGACUCUACAACUGGUGGUUUUGAGGCUGGUAUCUCCAAGGAUGGACAGACUCGUGAGCAUGCUCUCCUUGCUUUCACCCUUGGUGUCAAGCAGAUGAUCUGCUGCUGCAACAAGAUGGAUGCCACCACUCCCAAGUACUCGAAGGCUAGGUAUGAUGAAAUCGUGAAGGAAGUUUCAUCCUACUUGAAGAAGGUUGGGUACAACCCAGACAAGGUUCCAUUCGUUCCCAUCUCUGGGUUUGAGGGCGACAACAUGAUUGAGAGGUCUACGAACCUCGACUGGUACAAGGGCCCAACCCUUCUUGACGCUCUUGACAACAUCAACGAGCCCAAGAGGCCAUCUGACAAGCCACUCCGUCUCCCACUCCAGGACGUGUACAAGAUUGGUGGUAUUGGAACUGUGCCAGUGGGUCGUGUGGAAACAGGUGUCAUCAAGCCUGGUAUGGUUGUUACCUUUGGUCCUACUGGGCUGACAACUGAGGUCAAGUCAGUUGAGAUGCACCAUGAAGCCCUCCAGGAGGCUCUCCCUGGUGACAAUGUUGGGUUCAAUGUCAAGAAUGUUGCUGUCAAGGAUCUCAAGCGUGGGUUUGUUGCCUCGAACUCCAAGGAUGACCCUGCAAAGGAGGCUGCUAACUUCACCUCCCAGGUCAUCAUCAUGAACCACCCUGGCCAGAUUGGGAACGGUUAUGCCCCAGUGCUCGACUGCCACACUUCCCAUAUUGCUGUGAAGUUCUCUGAGAUUACUACCAAGAUUGACAGGCGAUCUGGCAAGGAGAUUGAGAAGGAGCCCAAGUUCUUGAAGAAUGGUGAUGCUGGGUUCGUGAAGAUGAUUCCGACCAAGCCCAUGGUGGUGGAGACCUUCUCCGAGUACCCACCUCUCGGUAGGUUUGCUGUCAGGGACAUGAGGCAGACUGUUGCCGUGGGUGUGAUCAAGGCAGUGGAGAAGAAGGAUCCUACUGGUGCCAAGGUCACCAAGGCUGCUGCCAAGAAGAAGUGAACCGUGCAGGUUGGAUAUUUUGGUUUAAAGUUGAAGUGUCUUAUGAAUAAUUGUUGUGGUCGCGGGAAUGUAGUGUUCUCUUCGUUAACUUUCGGAGUGCCUUCUUCAAGCCUUUGUACCUGGUUAUUAGGUACCAUUUCUCAGAAUUGGGUGCUUGAUAGGCGGUGGCGGUGGCGUACUUUUUGAGAAUUCUAGUCCUGUGUUCGAGUCGUUUGUAGGUUGCAUUAACUGUUCCUUUGUCGAGGUGCUCUGCGUUCAGUGGAGCGGCUCAAAUUUUUUGUUUUUUCAUCUGCUGUUGAACAGGCGAAUAUUUGGCGCUCAAUGUGUGGUUGAUAAACAUUUGUCUCAUCACCCUUUGUUUUACUGUCUCGAUUGACUGUUUGUUCCAAUUUUCAUUUGAGCUUUUAGGUUUACAAACCUUUAUCUGGUGCAAUAGGUCUUCUUGCAAAGGGACGUUGUCCAGAAUUCAGUUUGGCAAUAUCCACCAUCAUUAAUCUCUAGUGAAGUUGCAAUGGGCUUGCCUUUGCCAUCGUACCACCGAGCACUCUAAUUCCGGAAUCAAAGUCUUUCAUCACU